AUGGAGUCUUUUGCUCAAUCAGUGCUAACCGCCGGACCUAACAAGGGUCCCUGGGAAAAGUACAAGUUUUCUCCGGAGUCGAGAACUGUCUAUCCGACCAAGGUGUUUGCAACCGAGGGAGUGGUGCAACAGGCCGAUAAUUUGAUCGGUAACAACUCCAACGUGGCUUAUCUCAAAGGUGCAGGAGCUGCAAUCUCUUUGGACUUUGGUUUCAACACUUGCGGACUGUACUCUGUCGAGUUCGGCCCGGACUCUGAUCCAGAGCAGUCGGUGCAUCUUGCAUUCUCCGAGACAAAUAAAUUUGUCGACAAGGAUAACAGUGAUCGAAGCAUGGACUUUUUGAUGGUCGACAAGACCAUCGAAGUGCCUGUCAGCGAGGGUGUGUACACAUGUCCAUACGCUCAACAGAGAGGUGCUUUCCGUUAUCUCACUAUUUCAACAAGAAAGCCAGGAAAAGUUUCUAUCAGAAAGAUCUACACCAAAAUGAACAACAUGCCUAGUCUUGGGGACAACCUCAGAAACUACUCCGGCUACUUUUAUUCGAAUGAUGAGUUUGCCAACACCAUCUGGUAUGCCGGUGCAUAUACAAUUCAGUUGUCCAUCAUUCCAACCAGAAGUGGUAGAAGAAUGGAUGUUGUGACUAAGCCUACAGGCUGGAGCAACGAUGUGAUUUCCGGUUUUGGUCAGGAGGUUUUAGUAGAUGGUGCCAGAAGAGACAGAACUGUCUGGUCCGGCGAUAGAACAAUCUCACAGUUCACUGAGUUCAUCACUUUCAACUCUAAGGCUGCCGAACUCUCUACUGACUGGAUUUUGGAUCAGCAAACUGAAGAGGGUGAAUUCCCUUACGCAUGUAAUCCGAUUCACAUCUACGGUUCUGAUAUGUAUCAUUUGUGGACUUUAAAGUCAAUCUAUGAUACCUUCAUGCUAAACGACAAGUCCAUGACAUGGUUGAGAAAUGCAUGGGUACAAUUCAAGAAGGGUAUGGAACGUACCUGGAAGCAGGUGGACGAGACUGGAGUCUUGAAGAUUGUUGGCCCAUUGGAUUGGGGUCGCACACCAUUUGUUGGCCACCCUAUGUCCAUCAAUUGUGUUCUUCACACCACGUUGAUAGACGGUACUAAGAUUGCAGACAUUUUAGAUGACCCUGCAACCAAGAAGUUGUACGCCGGAAGAGCAGAAAAAUUAAAGAAGAGUAUCAACGAGUUCUUCUGGGAUGACAAGGUCGGUGCUUUCAAGGAUUCCGAUGAGAAUGACAUACACUCACAGGAUGGAAACGCCAUAGCAAUGCUAUUCCAUGUUGCAGACAAGAACAAGUACGCAAGUAUUUCGAAGUACUUGAGCACCCACUGGACUAAGUUCGGUGCCACUGCUCCUGAAAUGCAGAACUCCAUAUCUCCAUUUAUCUCCUCUUUGGAGCUACAGGCUCACACUGAUGCUUUGGGCUUUGCCACUGUCUAA